AAUGGAGUUCUGCCAGUCAGUUCAGGGAUGUUUUACAGAAAAGGGGUGUUGUUCAAAACGUCACCUGUAAGGUUUCCGCUGUGAGAAUAUAAAGUCUCUGUCUGAGGCAAAAAGAGCAAAGGACUUUUUUUAAGCUGAACCUUUUGAGAGGAAACCCAUCAGCGGAUUUUUUUUAUCCCUCUCUAGCAGAUUCUUUCCUUCUGACCCAUUUUCUCCACAGGAUGUCUCAGAGGAACUCCCUGCUGUCCUUCUCAGCAGCCUUGCUCUUCCUCCUGCCCUCGUUUGGUGGUCUCGUCCACGGAGAGCUCAGCAAGGACUUCUCCCAGUGUCUUGACUUCUUCUACAACAAAACUCCACCGAGGGGUUUUCAUUACACAGCGUACCAGCCAAUAUGCCAGCGCUACAAGAACAUAUAUCGCUUUGCCAGCCUGUAUCACCGACAGCAUCGGGCUCCUCUGUACUCGGCCUACAGUCUGAGUCCUGCAGAUGGAAAGCGGCCCAGAACCCAGUGGAAAUAUGAACCACAGUUGGCGUUUGCCGGUGCCAGUCCAGAUAUGAGCCUUUUUAACUAUACUGUUGAUCAGAAUGUGGUUGAAAGCCAAGCCGUCCUCUGGGACUACAAGAACUCUGGCUUCACCAGGGGACACCUCAAUCCAAGUUCGCACCAGAAGACAGAAGAUGACAGAAAAGCCACCUUCACUCUGACAAACAUCGUUCCCCAGAAAGAAGGCUCCAACACGGGCACCUGGAACAUGUUGGAAAACCAUUUGUUGAACAGAUUCAAGAACUUCUGCACUGGUCCAAUGUACGUAAUAACCGGUGUCAUGCCUUACGAAACCGUGAAACACUGGAUCAGAGACAGAGUGUCUGUUCCUGAGUACAUGUGGUCCGCUUACUGCUGCCCCUCAUACAAACCUAAUCUUCCUGAGUGUAUGGAACGGUACUUUCCUACAUUUGCUGCAGUGGGAAGAAAUGAUCCCACCAGUGGAGAGGAGAUUGUGCCUGUUAAUAAAAAAGCAAAGCCUUCAGUACGAGGCUACGAUGUGAAGCAGAUGUCGUUGCAGGAAUUGGAGGUUAUCCUGAACCACAGGCUGAAGAUGUCUGUCAGUCUGUUUGAUGGCAAAUGUUUGAAGUAA